CUUUGUGUCAGCUGGUUUUGUUUCAAGUACUUCCGCCCACUCCUUCACUAUUAAAUGUCCAACCUGGAAUACUGGUUUUACUUUGAGAGUAUACCACAUAGCAAACAUUUUGUCACAUAGUGAGUCAGUGCCACAGUUUCACUGGAGCUGCAUACUUGAAGGACUCAAGCUUCUGCUAUUUAUUUAUUUUUAUUUUUAAUUUUUUUUUUACAUUUGUAGUUAUUUUCAACCUGUUUCUUCUAGAGGGUAUAUUAUAACCCUCAGAUUUUAAUUUUGUUCUCACUUCAGCUGGAUUUUAUUUUAUAUUCUUGGGAAGAAAAUGUCUCAGACUGGAGCUCUGGAUAUUGACAGGUAUGGCAACGUGGAUAGGUCUCGACGGUCAACCACUCGUAGCCAGACCAAAUCCCAGGCCAAGUCUGGAGAAGUCUACUGCGACUUUUGCACCACGAGGAAGACAAAGGCUUCUCAGUCCUGCUUGGUGUGCCUGGCCUCAUACUGUGAGGAUCACCUGCAGUCGCACUAUACCUACCCGACCCUGAUGAAGCACAAGCUGGUCAAAGCCACGGGUCAGAUGAGAGAGAAGGUCUGUGCGCAACACGACAAGUUGCUGGAAGCUUUCUGUCGCUCCGAUCAGACGUUGGUCUGUGUUCUCUGCAUGAUGGACGAACACAAACACCACGACAUCGUCCCAGCUGGAACUGAGAGGACUGAGAAACAAAAACAACUUGGACCCACACUGCACAAAUCUCAACAAAGGAUUGACCAGAGAAUUAAGAAGUGGCAGGAUCUAAGGCAAGCUGUUGAAGCAGUUCAGCACUCAGCUAAAACAGUCCAGGAGGAGAACGAGCGGAUCUUCAAUGAGCUUAUGCAACUCAUUGAGAGGAAGUACAACGAGGUCAAGGAGAUGGUCCGCUCCCACGAAAAGAUCACCGUGUCCCGUGGCGAGAUUCUGCUCGACCGCUUGGAAGAGGAGAUCACCCUGCUGAGGAAGAGACACAACAACCUGGAGAAGCUCUCACGCACCGAUGAUCACAUCCACUUUCUGCAGAGUUGGCAGUCUCUGUCUGGCCCCUCCGGAUACGAAGACCUGAACAACGUCAGUGUUGCUCCCAAUUACUCCUUCGAUUCCACCAAAAGAGCCAUUACUGCACUGAAGAUACAAUUAGAAGAAAUCAGCAAAAUUGAAAUGAGCAAAAUCUCCGAAAAAGUAAAGGAAGUGUACAUCACAGAAGAAACUGAUGCAAAGGCAAGAAGAGAAUCGAUUCUGAGAGCAGAAACAAGGAGCAGAGAAGAGUCAAGGCCAAAUGAAGAACCGAAGACGAGAGAAGACUUCCUGAAAUACUCCUGUCAGUUGACUUUUGAUGUCAACUCUGUCCACCGCAACCUUCACCUCUCAGAGGGAUACAGGACAGUUACGAUGAAAAGCGAACCUAGAAACUACCCUGAUCAUCCAGAUCGAUUUGAUCAUUGGCAGCAGGUGUUGUGCAGAGAGAGCGUGUCUGGGACUCGCUGCUACUGGGAGGUGGACUGGCGGGGGACAGAAAUCGACGUGGCCGUCACCUACAAGGGAAUCCGCCGCAAAGGGAACGGGAACGACUGCAGCCUGGGCUGGAACGACAAGUCCUGGAGUCUGUACUGCUCCGACUCCAAGUACACGUUUGUGCACAACAACAGGAGCACAGAGUUCUCUGGUCCAGCGGCGUCCCGUAUCGGUGUCUACCUGGACCACACAAGGGGAAUUCUUGCUUUCUACAGCGUCUAUGAUAGCAUGAGACUUCUGCACAGAGUCUUCACCUCCUUUACUGAACCUGUCUACCCUGCUUUUAGUGUGUGGGGCUUUGGCUCCACUGUCAUGCUGUAGCACAGGGGCCUCAGGAUUACAGUUUUUAUGGUACAAACUAAUAAUAUUCUCAAUAUUUAUAGUAAACAAUAAAACUGGGUGUUUACUUUGGUUCUUUUUCACAUUUUUCAGUUUUUAUGGUUGAAGCAUUAUACAGUUUAAGGGGAAUCAAAAUUAUAGAUUGUGUUUUUGAAAAAAAGAACAAAUAUGGAAAAAAUAUUUUUUAUAUUUGUAGCAUUUUUAUACAUCACAAAUAGUCUUGUUUAUAUUAAUUUUAUUUUAGCUGUAAAUUCAAUGAAAAAUGACUAAAUGACUAAAAUUAAGGCAAAAUCUGCUACAUUUCUUCGACAAAUACGAUACACUUUUAGCAGAGAACUUGGUUUUUGAGACACGUUCUUUUAAACAUUUGAUAGUGCUGAGGAAACUUUUUGUAUUUGAAAAUGGAUUGCUUUUUGAUAGAAAGCACAUGAACAGGAUUUUGUAUGUUAUUUAAUUUUUGGUGCUUAUUCAGUAAAAAAUGUUCUUCUUGAGCCUAGCAGUAAAUAAACAAUUAAAUACAAGAAUCA